AUGCUCACCGAGCAAUUCAUCGCCUCCACAGGCGUGCCACUGAAGCCUCCCCCAACAUCAGUAGCCAAAGACGCCGCCAUCUUCAUCCACGAAUUCCAACCACUCCAGGCGCAAAAGUCCAUCUUCAAGAAAAGCGCUACGCCACCUCAUUGCCUCGCUAUCAGCGACUCUCACAUCUUCGCCGCGCAGGCCGGGAAGGCUGUCGUGCAUGUCUACUCCCGCUCGCAAGGGAAUCAGGAAGCAACGGUGCCUUUUACCGAACGAAUUACUUGUCUUGCGUUGGCUUGCGAAGACACUGUACUGAUUCUCGGGACCACGGAGGGCAGGUUGUUUCUCUGGGAGACGAGUAGUGGAAGGCAGGUCUCGACGUCGCAGUCGCAUCUUCAAGCUGUGAACAGGGUUGUUGUUGACCCGACGGAGAACUUCAUCCUCUCUGCUUCGGAGGACUCGACGGUCCAAGUUUGGUCUUUGCCGGGGUUACUGUCGUUUACGAGUUCUGGUGCACAGGUUCUGUCGCCCAUCAGGACGUUCUCUCCACAUCGGGCUGGGAUCUGCGACCUUGCGGUCGGGCAUGGGAACGGAUGCACGAAUUUUGCUGUCUCGGCGUCUAAAGAUAACACGUGCUUUGUCUGGGACUACUACAGCGGCAAUGUACUAAAGACCUACCUCUUACCUGAAUUGCCUACUUGCUUGGCAUUGGACGCAGCGGACCGAGCUAUCUACGUCGGAUACGAGGACGGAAGUGUGCAGCAACUGGAUCUAUACAAGUCCAGCUCUGCAGAUGCCUCUGCACCGAUACAGCCGCCUCCAUCAACGCACUGGAAAAGCCACGAUAGCUCGGUCGGCAAGACGCUGAGCAUGUCGCUUUCAUUCGACAGCUGUACACUGCUCUCUGGCCACGAAUCAGGAAACAUACUGUCGUGGGACGUCGCCAAAGGUGGAUAUGCAACAAGCAUUUUGCAGCAUCCUCUACCUGGUCCUGUGAACUGCUUGGGACUCUUGCCUGUGCUUGGCUUUGUUGGCUCAUCAGAGGUGGAGAGCAAAGUGCGCCUCUCGACGGUUGUCAAGCCCAAGUUUGGAGCAUUCGACAGCGCCUCUGGUCUUGUGCCUGGCAACUACACCCAGACAGUGCAGCUUCUUAGUGAUACCUCGGACGAAGGUCCUUCUGCUUUCCAGCUGGCGCUCACUGCCCCGUCAUUCCCUGCUGCAAUGCUGAAUGAAGGGCUACAAGAGCUGCAAGCUUUCCGAAAAGGUCCCCAAACCAACGGAGCUGCUGCCAACGAGGAGGCCGCAGACUUCAUGGCCUUAGACGAUGAAUCCGAUCAGCCCAAGCAGCUGUCGCUCGAGGAGCAGAACACUGCUUUGAAGGCCGAGCUGGAAGCGCUGCGCAGGCUACAAGCCGCAAGUCUUGAUAAGGUAGACCGACUCAAUGCCGAGAGGAGGACACUGCUGGAACGAGAUCAGAAGCACCGGCGCGGAGUAUCGAUGGCGCUUGAUGGUCGCUUUUCCAGCCUUGGUGCCGACGACAGCAGUUCCAGUGAUGAUGGUUGA